GGAACGGGAACGGGAACGGGAACGGGAUCGGUGGCGGGCAUGACAACAAUGCCAAUGGCAACAGCGGCAGCGGUACCAGUUGCUGGUGCACCCGUACGUCGUGCCGCUGCCCGCGCCACCGCCGGAGUGCAACGGCGGCGGGUGGUCAAGAAGCACAUACAACAGAAGUACAUGCUCUGCGGUUUUGCCAUACACGCAUUUCUGGCAACGCCAGCCUACUUGUAUGGCAACGUUGUGGAAUCGGACAAGGAUCUGGUGCUGCGCAUUUGGCCAGCUAUCGUCUACCAGGCCACCGGUGAGCUCUGUCGCUCCAUUAUGGAGCAUCUGGACACAGAGUAUAGCGGGCGGGCACGCGAAACCGUGCAAUACAGACGCAUCUUUCUGCUGGCCACAUUCAUUGCCUGCCUCUCGCUCAUGAUCAGCGGCAUCUUCUUCUCAUCCGCCUGGGUGGUGGUCACCACCACCACGCAAACUGUGGCCAUUGUCUUCUACGGCUGUUUUGCGGGUAUUGGCGCCAGUCUGUAUCAGUGGAAGACGCAUGUCAUACUGGAGGCAGUGCGUCCGCGCGAGGACAAAUACGUGCGCAAGACGAUUCAUCUGUGCGGUGAAGCCUUCUGCCAGCUGUUCCUGUCGUUUGUCUUCACCAGCCUGCGCACGCUGUAUGGCACCGCGCAGUCCAUUGUGCUGAUGUCGGCAAUGCUGGUGAAUCUCAUACCACUUAGCCUGAUCAUCACCAAGCAUCGCGAGGAUGCGUUCACAACCAAACGGAUCUCAGUAAUCAAGGCGGAGACCGGCUUCGGGGCGCUGCCAAUGCGUGCCGCGCUGGCGGCCAUCUUUGUGGCGGAUCAAAUGGAUGGCCUCGACACGCCAAUGUCCUGGCGCAAUCCGGCCACGGAGAUGACCAGCACAGCGCCAGCGGCAGCUGUGGCCGCCGCUGUUGUCGACACGCACAGCAACUAUAUGCUCGCCACGGAUGAGGCAUACGUCACGUAUGUGAAUCCGAAUGGCGUUGAAAUCAUGGAGAUUAUACCCGAAGAGGAUGAGACGGUGUCCAUAAUGCGCUCCAGCAAUGCCACCAUCGACAACUACAGCAUAUCUCAGUCGCAAAUGCUGCACAAGUCCCAUUCGAAUGGCCGCCUCUAUUCGCAGAGCCCGCUGAAUCCCAGUGGCACCGGCAGCUCCUCCCCACUGCCCGAGGCCUAUGCGAAUUUGCAUCGCAUCCGACGUAUGUCACGGGCGGUUACAUCACACUUGUGGUGGAAUCUGUUGGACAAGAUUGUGAUGCCGCUGCAGCAGGCGCUGCUGGUGCCGCAGCUAUAUGCCACCACACUGCUCAUCUCAGCGGACAUCUUUAGCUAUGUGAUGUGCCUCACUGUGCUGCCGGGCUUAGCUGUCAGCCAUCAUGCAUUGAAGAACGCCGAAAUACCAUUCCUCUUCUCUCUGCUGGCCUUUCCCUGGAUGUGCUUCUCGCUGAUGACGCCGCGCUUCGGUUCGAGCCUGUACAAAAGAAAGCUACAGUGGUUCACAUUGGGCAGCAUCUGCAAGUGUCUGGCGCUCAUUUUUAUUAGCUUCUCCACGUCCAAGCUGCUGCUAAGCGUUUCGGCUGUGCUGCUGGGCUUUGGCCAGGUGGUCACAGCCUUUCUACAGGAAAUGGUCUUCCAGUUGGGCAUGACGCGGGCCAACUGGACAGCCAUUCGCCGGCCGGUACACUUCACCAACGGCCUGCUGAUACUCAUUUGGGGCGCUCUCGCCCAUUGGGUCGUGGUCCACUACACAUUCCAGGCAACGGUGGGCCUUGCGGGUGCUCUAUAUGGAUCUACAACCUUAGUGUGGAAUUUUUUGUUUUUCUGUUGCCAAAACAAGGACUAACAGAACAGUGCAUUAUUUUGCAUGUUGCCUGGUCUUAA